AUGGCUUCAGCAGUGGCAGAGGCGGCCGUCAGGGCUGGCCCGAGGUUUCGAGUCGGCAGCAGACAAGUCUUCCUUCCCAACCACGUCAUCACGCUGGUCCAGCCCAAGCCCAACCAGCCGCCCACCUACGCCACCUUCCUCGUGCCGCUCAAGUUCAACAAGCUCGACCUCCGCGACUACCUGUACCACGCCUACGACGUCGAGGUGCUGUCGGUGCGCUCCUUCAUCAACCAGCAGAAGCCGCGGCAGCCCUUUGAGGAGAACGGCGCCAAGUUUGGCAAGUGGUACCGCCCGCUGUCCAAGAAGAUGAUGACGGUCGAGCUGGCCAAGCCGUUCGUCUUCCCCAAGGCGCCCGAGGACCUGGAGCCCUGGGACCAGGAGAUGUACGACCGCCUGCGCAAGGCGCAGCGGGGCCAGCUCGAGGCGCGGGAGCGCAUCAUGGCGGGCAAGUACCCCCUGCGCGAGGAGCUCGAGAUCCAGCCGCAGCGCGUCGAGCUGGCCAGGCAGGCGGCCGACCUGCGCAAGGGCAAGACGCAGUGGAAGAACGACGUCGUGCUCGACGACAAGUGGGAGGAGCUGGAGAGGAUACAGAAGACGAAGGAGAAGUCGUCAUGA